CCUCAUUCAGAAACACAAUGCAGAAGCUUCUCCUCUACACCGCCAGUACCCCUAACGGCCAAAAGGUACAAAAUUUUGCUGAAGAGCUCAAGGCUACUUACCCUGGCAAAUUCGACUUUGAAUACAAGAGCGUCUCACUCUCCAAGAACGAGCAAAAGGAAGACUGGUUCAUCAAGAUCAACCCCAAUGGUCGCAUUCCCGCCCUGGUAGACCCCAACAACAACAAUUUCUGCGUCUUCGAGACCGCCGCCAUCCUCCUUUACCUCGAGAAGAAGUAUGACCCCGAGCACAAGUUUUCCUGGCCAUCUUCUGACCCUCAGGCUGAUGACUACCGAUCGGAAGUUCUGCAGUGGAUGUUCUUCAUCCACGGAGGCGUAGGACCCAUGCAGGGUCAAGCCAAUCACUUCAACCGAUACGCGCCCGAAGACGUCCCCUACGCCAAGAAGCGCUACACGACUGAGACUAUCCGCCUCUAUGAGGUCCUCGAGUCUCGCCUCGAGGGCCGCGACUGGCUCGUCGGCUCAGGCAAAGGACAGUACUCCCUUGCAGACAUCAAUGCCUAUCCCUGGGUGCAGUGGUACCGCUGGGCCGGACUCAAAGACGAGCAGGUUGGACCGAACGUCAAGGCUUGGGUCAAGAGGAACUUGGACAGGGAGGCGGUUCACAAGGGAAUGUACGCCCCUAGCGGCAAGAACGAGAUCCUUGACAUGGUCCUCGACCCCGACUUCUUCACCAAGCACGCAGAGGGCGUGGAGAAGCACGCAAAGGAGGCAUCGGCCUGGGUCAUGAAGGGCAUGAAGGACGACAGUGAGAAGGCCGACAAGAAGUGAGGUAUGAGAAGAAGGCAA